AUGGUCCAUCUCGCUAAAGUUAACAAGGACAAUGAGGUCGUCACCUCUCCUCAUGACAUUGUCCCUAUUUCUCCUCCAGACAUCAAUGACUUCGAUACCAAUGUCUACGGCAGUCACUUUGCCGCCGAUCAUAUGCCUCAGGAUCGAAUGCCAGAGCGAGAGAUGCCUCGCCAGGUUGCCGCUCGGAUGAUCAAGGACGAGCUGAGUUUGGAUGGUAAUCCCAAGCUCAAUCUCGCCAGUUUCGUCACCACCUACAUGGAAGACGAAAUUGAGGAGAUUAUGACCGACGCCUUCAGCAAGAACUUCAUUGAUUAUGAGGAAUACCCCCACUCCGCCGAGAUUCAGAACCGAUGCGUGAACAUGAUUGCUAGACUUUUCAACGUUCCCACGGAUCCCUCCGGUGAAAAUGCCAUGGGCACUUCAACUAUUGGAUCUUCUGAGGCUAUUAUGCUGGGAACACUGGCUAUGAAGAAGCGAUGGCAGAAUAAGCGCAAGGCUGAGGGCAAGGACUACUUCCACCCCAACAUUGUUAUGAGCAGUGCUGUUCAAGUCUGCUGGGAAAAGGCUGCUCGUUACUUCGAUAUUGAGGAAAAGUACGUUUUCUGCAGCGAUACUCGUUUCGUGAUCGACCCCAAACAGGCAGUCGAUUUGGUGGAUGAGAACACAAUCGGUAUCUGUGCCAUCUUGGGUACCACCUAUACCGGCGAAUACGAGGAUGUCAAGGCGAUCAACGAUCUACUAGUGGAACGUAAUAUUGACUGCCCAAUUCACGUUGAUGCGGCUAGUGGUGGCUUUGUUGCUCCAUUCAUCCGCCCUGAGAUUGAGUGGGACUUCCGCCUGCCAAAGGUGGUUUCCAUCAACGUUUCCGGUCAUAAGUAUGGUCUGGUCUACCCUGGUGUCGGAUGGGUUGUCUGGCGCGCUCCGGAGUUCUUGCCCCAGGAAUUGGUGUUCAACAUCAACUACCUAGGAGCUGACCAGGCUAGCUUUACUUUGAACUUCUCCAAGGGUGCUUCUCAUGUUAUUGGACAGUACUACCAACUGAUCCGCUUGGGUAAGCGUGGCUACCGUGCAAUCAUGAGCAACCUGACUCGCAUUGGCGACCACAUGUCUUCAGAGCUUGGGAAGUUGGGCAUGGUCAUCUUGAGCCAGGGGCAAGGUUAUGGUUUGCCUGUGGUGGCCUUCUGCCUACCCCCAAACAAGGGUCGUGUGUACGAUGAAUUCGCCGUAGCCCAUCAGCUACGCGAGCGAGGCUGGAUUGUGCCUGCGUACACUAUGGCACCCCAUUGCGAGAAGAUGCAGAUGAUGCGUAUUGUCAUCCGUGAGGACUUCAGCAUGAACCGAUGCGAUAGUUUGCUCCUGGACUUCAAACUUGCUCUCCAGACGUUGGAUGCUAUGGACAAAUCCAUGAUGGAGAAGUAUAGGAUGCAUAUGCAAAUCCACCGCCACCACCCUCGGCACGAGUCGCGCAUUCACCCUCACUACAAACGGGACACACACUCAUUGCAGGCCAAAACUGGCAAGACACAUGGCGUGUGUUGA